UACAACCGGCCAUAUCGGUCAUUUCUCUGUCUUCGUCAACGUCUAUGGUGGACUUCAUUUUAGGGUUUUUGCGAGCAAAAUCUUCGGCUCUUGUCUGAAGAAAAACCAAAAACGAGAAGAACAAAUCAGGUCUUAAUCUGCAAUUAAAGUCUACUUCAAGCGCUUAAUUCUACAGAGAUUUCUCGAAUUUCUCAUCAACUGUGCAAAAUCUACCUACAAUGUUUUGUUUUGGAUGGAAUUAGAGGAUAAUGAUGGUUGGACUUAUUCUAUCACAGUAACAGGAUCAGAGAUUCCUUGAUGGGAGCAUCAUCUGGCUCUAACAUCAACCACCAACCUACAUCGAAUAUGCUGCCUCCGCGUCAAGUACCUCGACCUAGUGGCUUACACCCAUCCCUAUUCCUAGCAUCUCCUGAUGUCCAUGUAUCACUUGAUCCUCAGGAACCAAGAUCAAAUUCUGAUCAGGUUCGUGACUCCCCCACUGAGAGUGCUAGUUCACGCGAAACAUGGCCCACUGCUGAUGGUAUAAUGGCAAAAAAACUGGAGAAUGGAAAAGCAGAGAACGAUUCCCCUGAACAUUCAGUCAUUCGCCGGGUUCCUAGUUCGGAGAAGAUUUCUCUUCAAGACAUAGCAAGAGAGAGAGUUGAUAUAAUUUCUGAAAAAAUGCACAUGCUGCCUGAUGAGUUUCUAGAAGAACUAAAGGGCACACUCCGUGUAAUUCUCGAAGGAAGCGGUGGUUCUCAGCACAGAGAGGACUUUUUGAAUUUGCAGAAGCUUGUUCAUAGUAGGUCUGACUUGACUGCUAAAACGUUGAUUAGAGCACAUAGAGUUCAGCUGGAAAUUCUUGUUUCUAUAAACACGGGGAUUCAGGCUUUCCUGCAUCCAAAUAUUAGUCUCUCUCAGACUUCCCUGAUUGAGGUGUUUGUGUAUAAGCGAUGCAGAAAUAUAGCUUGCCAAAACCAGCUUCCAGCAGAAGACUGUAUCUGCGAAAUAUGCACCAAUAGAAAAGGUUUCUGCAAUCUUUGCAUGUGUGCAAUCUGUAACAAGUUUGAUUUUGAAGUGAAUACAUGUCGUUGGAUCGGUUGCGAUUUGUGUUCUCAUUGGACUCAUACAGACUGUGCAAUUCGUGAUAAACAAAUAUGUAUGGGUCCUUCUGUUAAGAAUGGAGCUGGCCCAGCCGAGAUGCUUUUCAGGUGUCGUGCAUGCAAUAGGACAUCCGAACUCUUUGGUUGGGUUAAAGAUGUAUUCCAACACUGUGCACCAACUUGGGACCGGGAUGCUCUGAUGAGGGAACUUGAUUUUGUUAGUAGAAUCUUUAGUGGAAGCGAGGACCCCAGAGGGAGGAAACUUUUUUGGAAGUGUGAGGAACUAAUAGAAAAAUUGAAGGGUGGAAUCUCAGAAGCAACAGCUUGCAGAGUUGUAUUGAUGUAUUUCCAAGAGCUUGAGAUGGAUUCACCAAAGAAUCCAGAUUCUGGGGAAGGUGGACGGUUGAUAGCCCCACAAGAGGCAUGCAACAGAAUUGCUGAAGUAGUGCAGGAGGCAGUGAUGAAGAUGGAAAUGGUUGCUGAUGAGAAGAAGAGGAUGUUCAAGAAAGCACAUCUGGCUUUUGAAGCUUGCAACCGGGAGCUCGAGGACAAGGCCAGGGAAGUUGCAGAACUAAAGCUAGAGAGACAACGAAAGAAGCAACAGAUUGAUGAAUUAGAGAGCAUUGUGAGGCUUAAACAAGCAGAGGCUGAUAUGUUCCAGCUUAAAGCCAACGAAGCAAGACGGGAGGCUGAGAGACUGCAGAGGAUUGCUCUUGCCAAGUCAGAUAAAUCGGAGGAAGAAUAUGCUAGCAAAUAUCUGAAACUCCGGCUUAGUGAGGCUGAAGCUGAGAGGCAAUAUCUUUUCGAAAAGAUUAAGCUUCAGGAGAGUUCGCGUGGAUCACCAAGUAAUGGUGUGGGUGAUUCUUCACAGGUUAUGAUACCUGAUAAAAUCCAGGACCUGCUUAAAAAUGUGUAUAGCUUGCCCUCAAUGGCAAAUAGCCAGCCAAAUGAACACCUCCCCACCAGGUCAAAUACCUGAGCAUGAUUCCUGGUUUUUGUUGUGUAUUAACUUAACCACUCUGUUGCUGAUCAGAGCUUGAACGCCAUGUUAUCUUAUCGGUGUCAUGUUACCUUUGAACAACUGAACUACUUAUAUGUUUACGACCAAUACUAUACAUGAAAACUAAAACUGAUGAAGCAAUUUGGAAUUCCAAGUUGAUUCUUGUAUGUACAAUUACUCUGUUUUCUUUUUAUUUAUUUAUUAAAGUUCCUUGAGACUAUUGCAUUAAAUAA